AUGGACGCAGCCAAAGCAGCCAUUUCGAAGUUUACUUCCAACAAGGGCCACAAGACCUCUGUAGAAGAAAGCGUUCAACCUUCCAUCACACAGGAGACUGUCAAACCUCACCGCCAUGAAGAGGCCACUCAGGCAGUAGAUCGAGAGGUUCAUCAGGAUCACUACCAUACUACAGUGCAACCACUUUCCCACCAAGAGGUCCUCCCUGAGAAACAUACCCACAAUGUAGUCCCUACCGAACACCGAGAAUUUCACCAUGGCAACGAGCAAGGAAAACAACAAAGUCUUGCUGCUGAUCUAGCCCAUUUCAAGGACAGCUCGAGGACUGAACAAACUCGUCAUACUACAUCAGCCGCACCAGCUGUCACUGGAGAACAUGUUCACCACCACGUGCAUGAGACUGUUGUGCCUGUUAUCCAGAAAGAAACAAUUCAACCCGAAGUUGUCCACACGACUGUUCCCAUUCAUGAGUGA